AUGUUAAGAGCAGAACACAAUAUAAAUGAAAGAAUUGCAAGAACUGAUGAACAUAAUAUUCUUAAUAAAGUUAUUGAUGCUGAGAGGUCUUAUGAUUUCAUUAGUAUAAUCUUUAAAGAAGAAACACCUAUUUACAAAGGUAAACCAUAUGAAGAUAGUACUGCAAUAUGUUUUCAUUAUAUAAAACUUAUACAUGUUAAUGUUAAUUUAGGUUUGAAGGCAAGUCAAUUUGAUUUAAUGAAAGAUCUUUAUGAUUAUGAAUGCUUAAGACUACAAACUAGUUAUAGAUGCUCAAGACUACGAACUGAGUUUGAAUGUGCAAAGUUACCAAAUGAUAGUAUCCCAGACGAUGAAAAACUUCUAGGUUUAAUAAAACAUAAAGUGAAAAAUCCUCAGACUCGAGAACAAUUUGAUCAAUGA